AUUCUAGUUAUGCUACUUUGCACAGAGUAGCUCCUAGUCAUACUGAGCCAUCUCUAACAAAUUUCAGUCAAUUUCGAUAAACUUUUAUAAUGUGAACACGAGAUUUUAUUUUUAAGAUCCGGCUCUUACAGACCGACAUUUAUAUAUAAUCAUACUGCUUUGCAUAAAGAAUCUAUUUCAGCCCACCCCAAACCACUCCAAUCCAUAUUUACAUAGAACCCACCCCAACUCACCACAUUAGCUAAUACAACCCAUUUGAAUCCACCCAAACAUAAUCUAUAUCAAAAUCCAAUUCAUUAAACUCAUUUCAACACAAACUAUUAGCAGACUUACGCACGACCGUACCCUCUGCUUUUAUUUUUUUUCUCUCGCUUUGAGUCCUCUCGUAUGCUCGAUUGCUCGUGUACGAUGUAGCACCCCCAAACGUUUCCUCAAAAAAAAAAAUGCAGCGUCCUAAAUAAAUUCUAGUCAUGCAUGUACGCGCUGUCGAAUUCGAUCGGCUGCCAGCAACCAACGGCCGUGCUCCAAGCGAAUUUUGUCGCGUCAAAGCUCACCCUGUGUGUUAUCCUGGCAGUGGAAAUUGUGAAACGAGUUGAGAGAUAUACCAUACCAUUUGGGCCCUUGCCCACUGCGGGCUUAUUUUGUGACAAAUCAAGAGACACACGGCUCAUCUUGUGCUAGCACUUAGCAGCAGUCGCCAUGCGCGGCUGGAUGGACUUGAGCACCCUCGACCUCGACCAGGUGCGGCACCGUUGGGGUGAUGAGGUGGACGAACAAGUACUAUUCAGUGUCGACCCGGCCGCGGUGCAAGAAAGUGUUAUGAAGGCGGUGCGCCGUUGGGCUGAAAAUGGGGAAUAUUACAAGAAGCGCGGCAAAGACCCGAUACCGCCGCCGAUGGAGAUACUGGACCACCCAGAUCUUUUCGAGAGAGCAUGGGGAUGGGAUAACAUAUAUCCGUGGGAUCUGGUACAUCCUUUGGCCAAAUACAAGAGAUACCUCCAGGAUUAUUACAAGCACAACCAAAGUGAAGCUAAUACCGCCGGUCUCAAUGGAGAUGAUCGUGGAAAUGACCUGGAAGCUCUAGCCCACUCGUGUAUCAAGAUGGAGAAUUAUCUUAUGUUUCUGCUGGACCUCUGUACUGGCAUUACUACUGAUGAUAAGAUGGAGAUCAGGCAGACCAGUGAAAAGAUCUCCAAGCUUGCUUGUCAAAUGGCUAACGUUCUGGAAUCUGAAUUUCCUGCUGCUGCUGUUUCAUUGAAGUGUAUCACCAAAGAGGCUCAGCUGAUGUGCCAGUUGCUGACUUGUCAGCCUGCUCCAUGCACAUUCUCCAUCGCUACGAGCAAUGACAUCAGGUCCUGUGCCUUAAGCUUUAUGACCUACAGAGAACAUGAAUAUGUUCCUGCCGCUGCUGCCAUGAUGGGCAUCAUGAAAGAGGCUGAGUUGAUGCGUGAGUCGCUGAGGAAACCCUGGCAUGACGAGAAGGCUAAUGCGGACAUGUUGAACACCUCAUUUAUCCGGGAUCGUACCCUGUCAGUUAUGUUGGACAUGUUAGAUGAAUGUUCUUCUGUGGGAGAGCCUACUGGCAUUCCUGUGAAUUUGAAUUGCAGUGAAUCUGAUGGCAUCACCUUUCCAGAGAAUGACAUAAAUGAAAAUGAGGAUGAAUCCAACGGCAAGAACUCCGAGAAGGAAGUAGCAAGAAACAGCCCGGGAGCAAGGAAUGGGAUAGAUGAAAAUAAGGAUGAAUCCAACGGCAAGAACUCCAAUAAGGAAGUUGCAAGAAACAGCCUGGGAGAAAGGAAUGGGAUAGAUGAAAAUAAGGAUGAAUCCAACGGCAAGAACUCCAAUAAGGAAGUUGCAAGAAACAGCCUGGGAGAAAGGAAUGGGAUAGAUGAAAAUAAGGAUGAAUCCAACGGCAAGAACUCCAAUAAGGAAGUUGCAAGAAACAGCCUGGGAGAAAGGAAUGGGAUAGAUGAAAAUAAGGAUGAAUCCAACGGCAAGAACUCCGAUAAGGAAGUUGCAAGAAACAACCUGGGAGAAAGGAAUGGGAUAAAUGAAAAUAAGUUCGUGGAUAUGUUGAAAAUUCAGCUGAGCCCCUUGGAUGAAAAAGCAGGCAAGAAAGCAGAAGUGGAGCAGCCAAGUCCCUUCGAUGGAAAAGCAAGCAAUAAGGCAGAAGUGGAGCACAAAAAGUGGAAGGCAGGAUGCUUUUGUUGGCUGAAACCAGGAGGAAGGGUCAAUGGCGCAGCAGGCAACAAUGGCCAAGUCUCUGUCUAGUCGUUAUUGUCGACCACAUGUAGAACGCUCAAACAAAGCUCUUUGAUACGCACUGCUGCUCGUCAUUUAUUGUCAGCAACAUUUAAUACAAUCCUUUUGCAGUGUGGUGAUUUGGUAUUUAGUAACUACUAGUAUUUACUUGGUGGUUUGGUGUUUUCUCAAUCCUUGUAGACAGUAUCUUCUGAUAUGCCUAACACAGUCCCUUACAGCCUUUUGGUUUUAGCAGUACCUCAAAAAAUGGUUGCUGAAUUCUCACUCUGAGGAACACACCCAAAUUAAUCCUAUCUAAUCGAGUUGCCAUCCGUA